GUGAAAAAAUGGCGACGGAUGAAGUUUGAAGUUUAGCGCCACGAAACCAGAGACAGGCAGACAGGAUACAUUGACAGGACAGAGACGAGGAGAGAAGACAGGUACAGGGUGACGGGACGGAGACAGUGGGACAGGACGGAGACAGUGGGACAGAAACCAAAGAUACCGAGACACAGACUGUGUGUCUGAUUGAGUACCACCCGCUCGUCUGUGAUUCUGUGGUUUCAGACAGGUGGAAACAGACCGGCUAAAGAAGGAUGUAUGAGGACUUGUAUGAACCAUUCAGUGAUCUGGAGCCAGAGGUGUCUCCAGGAGAUGUGGCCUGUCGAAAGGGGAAAGAACUGGAUGAUAUUGAUGUGGCUGAGUCCAGUCUGAGUGUUGGACAGUUCGUCCUCUGCCAUUGGUCAGAUGGACUCUACUAUCUGGGCAAGAUUCAGAGGGUGAGUCCCCCAAGGCAGAGCUGCUUUGUCACAUUUGAAGAUAACUCCAAGUUCUGGGUUCUCUGGAAGGACAUCCAACACGCUGGAGUGCCAGGGGAGGAGCCUCGCUGCUCCAUGUGCCAGGAGGCAGAGCCAAGCUCUGACAGCCAAUCAAACCAAAACAACCAGAUCCUCAUCUGUGGGAAGUGUGGCAUUGGUUUCCACCAGCAGUGUCAUGUUCCUCCUGUAGAGGGCAGCAGUAGCCUCAGUCCCUGGUUCUGUAGGCGCUGUGUCUUCGCUCUGGCUGUCAGGAAAGGGGGCGCUCUGAAGAAAGGUCCUAUAGCCAAAGCCCUGUCGGCCAUGAAGCAGGUGUUAUCAUACGACCUGGACUCUUUGGACUGGGACUCCCAACAUAGGACCAAUCAGCAGCAAUGUUACUGUUACUGCGGGGGCCCGGGGGAGUGGUACCUAAAGAUGCUGCAGUGUUUCGGGUGUCAGCAGUGGUUCCAUGAAGCCUGUGCUCAGUGUCUGCAGGAGGCCAUGAUGUUUGGAGACAGGUUUUACCUCUUCCUGUGUUCGGUGUGUAAUAAAGGAUCAGAGUACGUCCGACGUCUGUCUCUGAGAUGGGUUGAUCUUGUUCAUCUGGUCCUCUACAACCUGUCAGUCAGCAGCAAAAAGAAAUACUUUGAGCUGGAUGAGAUCCUGAACUUUGUUUCUGCAAACUGGGACCAUUUACAGCUUGGAAAGCUUUCUAAUACACCUCCAUCAGAAAGAGGGCAGCACCUGCUGGACGCUUUGAAUAAAUACAAGAGCAAGUUUCUGUGUGGGAAAGAGAUCAAAAAGAGGAAGUGCAUCUUUCGUCUUAGGACUAGAGUUCCUCCUAAUCCCCCCUCUAAGCUCUUUCCUGAGCGUGCCCAGAACGAUGGAGGAAGAAAGAAAGGCACAGUCAGUGCUUCAGCUGAGAGGAAGAAGAGGAAGUCCAAGUGGCUAUUAGAAGAUGCUAUUCCAAAUAACGAGCUGUCCUGCAGCUGGACGUCUAACCAUCACAUGGCCAACAUCUUUGACUUCACUCUGGAUGAGCUGCAGAGCCUGAAGAGUAGUUCCAGUAGAACAGUUAGUAUUGAUCAGGACUCCACUGAUGCCUCAACCUCAGGCUCUGCUACCACCAGUGCCUCCUAUCACUUCAGGAGGAGAGUUGGCAGCAGGAAGCGGAAGUUGCCAAGCAACAGCUACAGCCAUUGGGCCAAUCGCAGCGAGGCAGGGGAGGAGCUUGUAGGGGAGGCGCCUUCUGGGAUGCUAGAGGACCAAGAAGUUACAAACCACUCUCACCUGGCAACAGACUCCUCACACUUCCUGUCUGAUGCCUCCCAGAUUCCCUCUGACUCCUCCCAUCUUCACUCAUCAAUCUCCUCAUAUUUCGGAGUGGCAGGCAGACUGACCAAUGGGGAAAGGUAUCAGGUUUUGGCUCGACGUGUCACUCCUCAGGGGACAGUCCAGUAUCUGCUGGAGUGGGAAGGGACAACACCUUAUUAGGAUGUAAACAAGAUGUCGUGUGACGCUUUGACUCCUCUUCCUCCACUCAAACAAUGUCUGUUUCAAACCAAUGAGAACUCAGUUACCCUCCAAGUGAAAUACUUCCUGCGUCCAUGCCAAAAAUUCAUUUGACUAAUCAGCUAAUUAGGUUUUAAAGUUCCUGAAGAUCCAAUUUUUAUAUAUUUUAUAUGUUUAUAAAUUAAUAGUUUUAAAGAACAUAAGCCACCAGAAAAGUCAUUUUUUAUUUAUCUUCUCAUAAAUUUGUGUCUUAAAACAUUUGUUUUUUAAAUUAUUAUUUUGAAUCUAUUCAUUGUCAGUGGUAUAGCAACAAAUGAAAAAAAUUAAUGGGUUUAGAUCAUGGCCACAAUUUGUUUCAUAUGAAAACAUUUUAGAACUCAACCAGAAACGUAACUUUUAACCUUGUCAUUUUAUGCCCCCCAAAAAACUCUGUCCUAUGUACAAUAUAUGUCCCCACAAAAUCCUGUUCUUUGUUCAUCCAUACAAAGGCCUGUUAUACAAAAUAAAAAAUAAUAAUAAUAAUGAUAAAUAAUAAUCAUAUCCUAUAAAUGUCCUUUCAAAACUCUGUCCAACAUAUAUCUCCACUAAGUCUUACUCUGUGUAUAUCACCAAAAAAGCCGGUCCCACGUAGUUCCCCACAAUAUCUUUGUUCCUUACUAUAUCCCUGUAUCCCAGUACUUGUUCUGCAUAUGUUCUCACAGCAACUUAUUUUAUGUCUCCACAGUGUUUACAUAUGUCGCCUAAAUAUCUUGUCGUCAGUGUGUCCUCACAAUAUGUUGUCCAAAUAUAUGCCCCAUAAUAUCAUGUCCUAUGCAUGUUCCCACAAAAAAAUACUUUGUAUCUCUAAGAUAUUGUAUACCCCAAUAUCCCAAAAAGUACCCUGUCUUACUUUUGUAGUCAGAUGGUUUGAAGCUUGGAGGAAUCAGGACUCAAAGCUGUUUACGAACAUGUAAAAUCAGUAUAUAGUGAGAGCUAACUUAAUGUUGAAUACAGCCAAAGACAGAGACACAAACAUUGUCAAAAACUCUCAUAUAGUAGUGUUACAUGGAUAUUGUUAUAGUAUUGAGCUCUGUAUAUCAUCAGACCAACAAUAGUUUGAGCUUGUUUUUCUUUUGUGUCAAACCAAACACAUUUCUUCUUCUCUGACAUGUUAAACAUUCAGAGGCUCCUGUAGUUCCUGUAGUUCCUGUAUCGGCAUCCAGCUGUUAAACAGCAUGUUGCUGUACUUGUCCUCACUGCUGUGCCUGUGGGUUAUUUCAUUCAGCAGUUUCUUAAAUCUGUAACUAACUGAACAUAGAGCACUUAAUGUAAAGCAGACUAAAGCCUACAGCCGUGUGUCAGAAAACGUUUGCCCUGAUCUGUAACAGUUUUAACAGGUUUCACUCCCAGCCAGUGAUGUCACUACUGUGUUUUCUAACAGCCCUUACACCUGUUGUGACCUCACAGAGUGGGCGUGACCUGAUGAGAUCCUAAAUCAGUGAUGGUUAAUCUGUGAAGUUCCAGUGAGAUCUGUUAUUAUCUUAAAUAAUACAAUAUACUUUGCAGCUUUAUUGUUGUUCAACAGCAGCAACACACUGCUUCAGACAUCCAAAAGGAUCCAGGACCAGUGCAAAGCAAUGAAACAUCACACUAUAAAACAACCAGAAGUUACCUUAAACUAUAAAUUUGUUACCUUCAGCAAUUUGUUAUGCACAUUCACAGGUCGAAUAAUCGUUAAUUCUGCUUAAAAUAUUUUAUUUGCAUGGAAAAUUGUCAAAAAUGUGUUUUAGGUCAAUUAGUAGCUCAGACCUAAAUGAAGGAGCUAAAAAUCUUAGCAACAUUAAAAGCACACUAAAGGCAUUGAAGCAGAAAUGAUAACCCUAAAUAUUUAACAAUUGAAGCUUCAUGCUAACGUUAGCUGAAUUUUAGUUUAAGAUCUCCAUGUUUUUUUGUAUAGUCAGUUUAAAAGCAGAAAUCCUCACAUUAACAAGGAUUCACAUUCUGAAUAAGAUUUUUGUAUUUCUGAUAUGAAACAAAGUUCGCAAAAACUGCAAAUCCCACUGGAGCCGAGCAGAGGUCAUGGUUUCCUUUUGUUAACUCUACAGUGUGUUUUCUGUGAGCAGCUGUUUUCUUGCACUAUUGUCACACUCAGUAUCUAUGCAAACAUCAACCUCACUGACCAACUGAAAAUCAAUCAGAGAGAUUGAUCAGUAAUCAGGAGCUUUGUGCUUUUCAAAUGUUUAAAAUAAAUUACAAAUAAUAAUUAUUAAGAGGUCCUACAUGUUCAAUUCUGUUUGGUUAGCUUGAAGCUAAUACAGCCCCUUGGUUUAAAUGAGGAAUCCCAACAGUGCUAAUAGUGCUAACAGUCUCUGAGACGUUAAACUGCCACUCUGUCACUUUAAACCUGCAGCUCCUCAUUGCUGCCAUGGUAACAAUGCUCCCCUCCCACUGGUCUGUGGGACGGUUGUUUUGAUCUUGUGACUGUUUGUACAUUUGCCUUAUUUCCUGUUCAGCUGACCAAUCAGCUGUCGGCUUUCUGUGGAAUAAAAAAAACUGUUGUUUGA